GCUCUUUGCUGUAGCUGUCUCUCCACCUGUGGAUUCUCUUAAUGAGAAAUAAGGAUAAGGUGCUAGUUUCUCACUUGGAUGGAUGAAAGGUUUUGUCAAGAAGAGAGACAAGAAUAAAGAAAGAAACUACAACCAGAAGAGAAAAAAAAACUGCAAUUCUUUUCAACUUUCAGUAUGUUUUUAUCAAAGCAAGAGGACCAGCUUGCCCAGGAGCUGAGCUGUCCCAUCUGUCUUCAGCUCUACAACGAUCCAGUUGUUUUACCCUGUGGGCACAACUACUGUCGAGCUUGCAUCUCUAAGUCUGCUGACUCCAUAGACAGUGGCAAAGAACCUCUACGCUGCCCAGAGUGUCGCGAGGCCUAUCAUGGGGUCGAUACUCUGCAGAAAAAUUUCAAACUUUCCAACAUUGUCGAGGGUUUCCAAGCUUCUUCCCAAAACAUUUACGAAGAGAUCCAGGAUGUGAUCAAACCAACGAACCCAGACGCGGAUGAUGUCAUUUUCUGUGACCAAUGCAUAGAUGACAAGACUCCAGCAGUGAAGACCUGUCUGAAGUGUGAGGUGUCGCUGUGCUUCAGGCAUCUCCAGAAGCAUAACGAGAGGGAGUCCUUCAAGACACACUCUCUGGUGGAACCUCUGAAGGAUUUGGGGAGCAGGGCCUGCCCCGUCCAUAACCUUCCACUUGAGUACUUUUGUUCUAAUGACAUGAGGUCUCUGUGCAUCACAUGUUUGGAAGGCCAUGACCAGAACCACGACGUCCUCACCUUCAGUGUGGCAGAGGAGGAGAUGAGACAAGCCUUGGAGAGCCGUAGCAAGGUGGUUUCCAGCCGACUGCAACUGACAGAGUGCCUCCUUCAGAAGACACAAGAGGACCAGGGAGCCUCCGAGGCUGUUGGAGAUAAAAUGGUCAACAAGGCAGUCUCACUGAUGGAUAGUAUGGCUGCAAUAGUGGACAGGUUCAGGGAGCGAUUGCGUUUGCUUUUGGAGGAGGAGAGAGGGCAGCGGCGCAAAAGCUGGCAGCUUGGAGUGAGUGCACUGGAGGAGCAGCAGCAGCAGCUGCAGGAGGCCCAGAAGAGUGCAUCCAAGGCGCUCAGCGAGACAGACACAUGCGCCUUCAUACACAGAUUCAUGAUGAUUGAACAGAAACUGAGAGAUGCUGCCACAGGCAGUCUUCCCAGCACGAUUCCCUCAAAGGUCGACCUGAACACCAAGCGACUCCAGACAGACCUCAAAACCAACGACUUCCGCACAGAAAUGGUCCGUCUCCUUGACACCCUUCACAUCCUGCUCAAUCCUCUGGAGGUCACCUUCAACGUCUGCACUGCCCACCCCAGCUUGUUGGUGUCCAACGACCUGCACACAGUCAGAUGCACCAGCUCAAAGCAGUCCUAUGUAGAGCACCCGGAGCGCUUCCUUAGUGCACCUCAGAUCCUGUGCAGCCAGGGCUUUUCCAGAGGAACGCAUAUCUGGGUGGCAGAAAUGGGCAGCAACUGCAUGUGGUCCCUUGGCGCGUGCUACAAGAGCAUCCCUCGCCGUGGAGACCACAGCCGCCUGGGGCACAACUUGGUGUCCUGGAGACUACAGUGGAAAAACGGCAAGCUAACUGCGUGCUCUUCAUCUAGCAAUGCUGUGCUGGGGGAGGUGUUCCAAUAUCCAUCUAAGAUUGAGGUUGUGCUUGACUGUGAAGGUGGAACCCUGUCCUUCCACACCAUCAAAUCGCGCAGAGAACACCUUUACACCUUUAAGACUGUGUUUAAGGAACCUGUUUACCCAGCUUUUAGCAUACAUUCAAAUACAUCAGAGUCUUGGAUCACUCUACAUAGUCAGAUGUGACAUCAACAUUUAGUCUGUAACUUUCCCUGUGCAUAGAUAUAUUUGGGGUAUUCCUGUUUUUAGAUCUUUAUUCACACUUAUGUUCUUGCCAAAUUUGUUUAAGUGUUGACAUGUAAGCAGGGGCGAUGCCAGGAAUCUUGGGCCCCCUGACAAAAAAUUUAAUUGGGCCCCCCCUCACACAGCUGCUGUUACAAUUUCUUUAGUCUAUCUGAC